AAUAACGUUUAUAUUAAUUUCGCGGCACCUACGAGAUGUUUUACUAAUAAAGUAUAAGGCGUAGGUACAAGGAGUUUGUAUCACCGCUUAGUCAUAGUUCCUAUCUCUUAGUAUUCUUUAGUUUCUAUCUUAUAUAACGUUAAUUUGAUAAACGUUUAACAGUUUUGUUGUAACUGUUAUUUAAAUGCCCUUGACUCUAAUGAAAUAGAGCAAUAAAGAUGUGCGAUUUAGAUAUCAAAUAUUUAUUCUAACCUAAAAAUUCGAUUCAAUUGUUUUUUCACUCGAACGUAUUCGAUACGGUAUACGAUAAGUUUCUUGCAAUACAAGUGAAUUAUAGGUUAUUGGUUUUGUGUUUUAGUAAAUUUCGAUUUAAUUAUACUCACAAUUUCGUAGUUUAAUUUUUACCGCGUCACUUUCAGCGUAUUCACAUCAUCAAUGCCGCGAUAAUAGUUGAUAACGAAUUUUAUCAUUUCACCUCGAUUACACGACGAAUAUAGAUGUGUUCGCGCGCGCGGUUCAAAAUGCGCGCCAUCAUCAUUUUGACGUUUAACUUUUUAAUUUUUAACGUCAAAGGCCAAGAAUUCGAUGUGAACGUUACGGAGGAAGUGCAGAAAUUAAUAAAAUUAUGUUCGUUUUGUACGUGCAGUGAAAUACCAGAUGUCGAUGGUACUCAUUUAGUGUUCAAUAUAUUGUGUUCUGAAUUGGAUAGGAUACAAAAUGUUGCCGAUUUAGAUAAAAUACAGUGGCCGGAGAACCCGAAUGGAUUGAAAAUAUCUGCUGCCUUUGAAGGUUUAGGACUCAACACUCUUGGCAGAUUACCACCAAAUUCACAAGUAGAAAGUCUAAGGUUCAGUAACAAUGCAAUCAAGACGUACUGGCCGGAUGCAUUUAGUGAUGUACCCAACCUGAAGAGAUUAUCCUUCUCACAAAACGAACUGAUGGAAAUAACACCAGAUCUUUUCACGAACAUAGAACAUUUAGAAGAACUCGAUUUAUCGUACAACAAAUUGACAGAUUUCAAUUUGUUAGAUUUUAAAUAUUUACACAAUUUAAAAAGGUUGAAUUUACAAAGUAACCUUUUAAAGAAGAUGCCGACAGAUGCUUUGAGUCCAAUGAUUCUGUUGGAGGAUUUAGAUUUAAGUAAAAAUGGAAUUUAUGAUCUGUUGCUACAGAAGAGUGAGAGUGAGCCGUUUAAAGUCGUUAAAAGAUUGAGUUUAAGCGGGAACAGAAUAAGAUCCGUGACCAAGGAGUCAUUUCCUCUAAACAAUAGUAUUGAACUUCUAGAUUUAUCAAACAACGUGAUAGAGAUCGUAGAAGAGAGCGCAUUUCUCACGUGCGUCAAUCUGAGAGAAUUGAACCUUGGGCAGAACAAUAUAACGUUUACAUUUGCACUGCCGCCGACCCUGCAGAUUGCCAUAUUAAAAAUCAAUACUUUAUACCACUGGCCUACAUUCCCCGGCGGCAUCACUUAUAUCGAUUUAUCGUACAAUCGAUUAUCAGAUAUGUAUAACGAGAAUCAAGUUGAGUUCGAUAAUUUAGAGAUUCUCAAUAUAGGAGGUAAUCAAAUAAAAGAUAUAAACAUAGAAAAGAAACUACCAAAGUUAUACAGUCUAGAUAUAUCUUACAAUCUGAUAAAAGAAGUACCAAAAUGUUUGAGCAGUCAGAUAUUACCGAAAUUGGAAGAAUUGCGUUUAGACGGCAACCCUAUAGAAGACGUUUAUUUUAAAAACAUUUUGUCGUUAAAGAAUUUAUAUUUGAAUGAGAUGCACAAGUUAGUGACUGUGAAGGACAAAGCUUUUAGUAACGUUAUUGGUAGAGGCGAUGAGAAUAAUGAGAGAAAUUGCUUUUAUCUGUAUAUGUCUAACUGUGGUUCUUUGAGUGAAAUACAAGAGGGCGCUUUUGAUGCAACGUCGUUAUGUAUGAUCGAUAUAAGCAAGAACAAUUUGUCCCGAUUGUCGAAGGGUCUUUUAGACUGGGGGUCGCUGGGCGAGGGCGCAGAUCUGCAGUACAACCCUUGGGAGUGCUCUUGCCAAUUACAAUGGUUGCUGGACGAUCUUCUGCCGAUACUCUAUAAAAGUAACUCAAGAUUGCUGACAGAACUCAGAUGCGGGUCCCCUCGCGGGUACGAGGGUCUGCGGCUGGUGCACUGGUACAACUGGACGGAGCCCGCCAUGUGCAGCGACAUGAUGAUGCGCGCGGGACCACACGGCACUUACAUUUUACAACCGUCAACAGAUUCGGGUCCUAAAUUCAAUUAUCUAAUAAUAAUAUUAGUAGCGUGCAUUACGGUGGCGCUGCUGAUAGCGGGCGCGCUGUGCGUGUACCUCGUACGGAACAGACGUCGGCACAGGGUGCGUCAAGCCGCGUUGCAACGUAAACGACAAACUGCCACAGAUAUUAAAAAUAGCAAUGGAUUGCAGAAAGAAAAAUUCGGAGCGUUUAAUAAAGCUUAAAUAAUGUCUCAAGUUUGAAUUAGGAAGGUUUUCUAAUGUAAAUGAGAUUUUAUUGCCAAAGCAUGUACAAUAACUUCGUCUUUUUCAUUCCCGUUGGUAAAAGGGAGAUAGCAAUGUUUCGAAAAUCAAAAUUUAAAUUAGCGGUUAGAAUAAAGUCAUGUGUUAACCUUAAUUGCAAUAAAUGAAUGUGUAACAAGAAAAUAUGUAAAUAAUAAAAUUAAAAUUUGCAAGAAAGUAUGAAUGUUUAACAAAAUCACAAUAUUGAUAAUGAAUGUUGUGUUUACAUAAUUUUAGAAUAGUUGGAACGUAAUACCUGUUUUAAUUUAUCUUAAUUUAAAAAUAAAAAUCAUUUUUAUGAGAUUAAUUUUAUAAACAUUUAAAACGAG